UUACCAUUACCAUUUCAAUACUAUUUACCUUUUGGAUAAAUUAAGUCGAUAAAGCAGGGCUUCUGCAAGAUUCUGCAAUUCAUUGACAGAGUGCAUAGAUGUUUUGUGAUUUACCGAUUCUAAUGAAUUACCUAUUUGAUUCACAGAUGUUAAGAAAACAACACUUUUUAUAUUAUCAUUAUUUAACUAUACAAUCAACUUUUGACACUACAAAAGCUUCGAAGUGCUUCGAAGCAUUCUUUGAUUGGUCAAUUCAUAAAAUUCUUUAUUUCAAUAAAAGGCAGUAAAGAACUCUUCUCGCGAUGUUAUCAUCGUUUUCUUUUCAUGCUGAUCGCAGCUUCAUAUAAUAAUAUGCUGUGUGAAUCAUUGUCGCUUCGAUCACCUGUUUGUUUUUAAAAACAAUGGAGUUUUUAAUAAAUGGAAUACAUGUAUAAAAUUUGCGUACAAAAGAAUACGCGAUAAAAAAUGAGAUAAGUGUAAGAAUUUGAUUGAAUCCUUAUUUCUAAUUUCAAUAUAAUUAAUUAGUACAGAUAUUACUAAACUUUUAAAAAACAUAUUCAAAUAUAAACGACGGUCAGUCCGGCAAACAAUACCAAGCAAAAAAUCGGGGAUCGCACGCAAAUAAGCAUAUGAGAUAUAAAUAAAGUAGUUGUACUAUUAAUAUAAUAUAUUGUUAAAUAAAUGAAAAAAAUUGGUGUUUAUACAGAUAAACAAUAGAUGUAUUACAAUAUCAAUUUGAAUCUUUUUGCGAUACUAAAAGUCAUCUUAUCCACAUAAGAAGACAAAAGAUUUGUACCUAGAAAUAAUAAAUGCUCAUUUAGUCUGAAAUUUUAUGUUGAUAAAUAAAAGUACAUAUAACCUAGGUACGUUUAAGAUACAUUUGAAGUAUCUAUAACUAGAUACUUUAUUUUUCUAUACCUGCACUUCGAUACAUUUUUUCAGAGUACAUGUACUUGUACCUAGGUACUAAAAAUAAAGUACCUUGCACAACACUGAUUCAUGUGCGAACUUUACUGCGAUAUUUUUCUGUGAAUAAUAUUUUAUGAGAAAAAAACACCUGUUAAAUUUCCUCUGGCUGAUGAAUCGAUUGCUGAAGAUAGACUGUGUCCUGACAUAAUGUUAAAUUCUGAAAUAUUUCUCGACAAUUCAUGUAUUGCUUACAGUUUAACUAAAUUACAGAAGAUAACUUAAAUAGUAAAACGUUAAAUUGUUGGUAAAAGUGAAAAAAUGUAAUCAGCCAACCGAAUGUAGUAGAGAUAAAUAAAAUUUCUGUUCAUUUCAUUUUCGCUAACUGUUUUGCAACUGUUUUAGUUCUAGCAGAGAGAUGACAAAUAUUGUCGAUAAGUACUUCAGUUUCAACCGAACUCUUUUGUUGGUAAUUGGUUUGUGGCCUUAUGAAAAAUCAAAACUUGCUCAACUGCAAAUACUCUGCAUCUUUAGCAUUCUUAUAACUGGCAUUGUAUUUCAGGUAUAAUAUAUUCUUGUGAUAUAUAUAAAUAUCAUCUUAAUGUAUGUAUCAACAGGUCCAUUUCAUAUAACAUAAAAAUUUGUUUAUCAAUUUGAUAUUAAUGUUAUUUGUUAAAAUAUUGUGUUAGACAAUAUUUUAACUAAACAAUUAAAUAUAAAGAAUCCUUUGAUUCGCAAAUGUAAAUAAUAAUCAAACAAUAAAAACUUAUUUUUUAUUAAUGUAAAAAAAUAUAAGCACAUAUGUAUUGUACAUUUAUACUAGCGUAAUAUAAUAAAUACUAUUAUAUCGUAUUCUGUUACAUGUUAAUUAUGUGAUAAUUACAAUAACAAAAAAGGAAAAAUUAUAAUUGUAAUUUACUUAAAAUUGCAACAUAUAUGAAAUGAUAACUAAGAAUAGCUUACAAAAAGUAGAAGUAUACAGAAUAAAAAUUUUUUCUUUAUUUUAAAAAAAUUUUUACUACUUACAGCUCACAACAAUUUUGACUUCACAAUGUAGUGUGGAAUCGAUCAUUGAGAUUUUAUCUUUCACAUUUGUCUUCAGCACCUGCGUCAUAAAAUACAAUGCUUUUUAUAUUAAUACUAAGACGAAUAGAUAAAGUAUUUAAUGGAACAAGUUGAGCAUAUCUAUAAUAAUGUAGUAGACAACAACGAAAUUGCUAUUGUAGAAAAAUAUGGAAGUAAAGCAAAGAACUAUACAGUUGGUUUCAUAGGCAAGCAUCAUUUCCUUUUUUUUUCUUAUAUUUCUAAUCAUUUACACAUGUAAAAUUUUUAGAAAUAUAUAUAGUGUGUAACGUAAAAUAUUAACGUUAAUAUUUAACUGCAAAAAUAAAGAAAUAACCAAAUAAGCAGUUUACGCUUAUAAACUAUUAUAUAAAAUAACUUAAAUGUAUUCUAAUUUUUUAGUUCGAUUUAAGUAUAUUUUAAAAUAUUUUCUGAACAAUCAAGACGUUUUUUAAUGUAAAAAAAUUAAAUUUUGAAUUUUACUUGGUAUCUCCGCUUGUCAGACACAUAAUAGAAAAAUAAAAAACUUUUUAAUGUACAAUAAUUUGAGUCGUCUGUUUUACCGAUUAAAUGCUAAUUAUCUUCUGACAAGCUUGGAUCCUAAUUAAUUUCAUAGAAUUGUAAAUCCUUCUCCAGAAUUAAAGUAUAAACAAUAACAAACCCUGCUACAUAUAAUUUUCUUUAAAAAAUAAGAGAUAAUUAGAAAAUUAUUUUAUACUUUUGUAUAGUCUCGUGAUUUUCAUCCGCACCAAUAAGUUUUUAAGAUUCUAUUUAUACAAAAUAAUUGUAAUGCAGGGUUGUCAUUAUAGGAAAGAAUAAUAACGUGCUUUGAGAACAGCUAGAAGCUUUUGAUAUAAGAAAGAAUUUGUCUGCAAAUUUUAUGUAUAUGUGAGUGCGGAUUUUAAAGAAAUCAAUAAGUAGAGUAAUGUAAAAAAAAUCUUUUUCGUUCUCGAUAUAAAACCCAAGAUUGAUAUUCAUAGAUUGAUAUUCAUAUGUGUAUUUUAAUUCUGGAAAAGAAUUUCUAAUCCUAUAAAAGAAAUAUAUACGAAAUUUCAUUAAUGAUGUGCACAAAUGACCAAAUCAUUGACUCCGAUCAAAUUUGAGAGGCAGUCCAGCAUCCCCUUAGGCCUACUCAAAACGAUUAGUUUAGCUAUUGAAAUCUGAUCAUUCCGCGUACUUGUAAUGAUAAUUCAACAUGCAUUUAAAAUAAUAAAGAAAAACUAAUUAAUCAUAUAACAAAGAUUAUACAUAUUAUCAUCUAAAGCAAAUAUAUUUAUAUAUAAAAUAAUUUGAAAUUCACUAAUAGGUAUACUUAUUGCUGUUAAUACAGUGCAGUGUAUGUAGAAAUUUAAAUUAAAAAAUUAUUUUAUUUUAUUGUUUAGUCGGUAUUAUUUUUGGCAUGAUUAUAUUUGGAGGUGUCCAAUUAUGGUCACAACUUAUUUAUGUUCUACUAUCUGUAAAUGUAUCUCGACCACGUCGCCUACAGAUAGCAACUGAAUAUUUUAUUGAUCAAGAAAGAUAUUUCUACUUAUUGUUUUUCCACAUAAAUACAGUUAUGUUUAUUGGAUGUGUCGUAAUGGUAGCGACAGGAACAAUGCUCGUUGCAUAUCUUCAUCAUGCCUGCGGAAUGUUUAAAAUUGCUAGUUAUCGCAUUGAAAAAGCAAUACAAAUUUAUGAAGAAAAAAGAAUUAACUUGAAAAACGAGUUUUUGGCACACAAAACCAUGAUUCAUGCUGUGGAUAUUCAUCGAAAAGCUUUAACAUUUUCCAAUGAUCUAAUAUCCACAUUUGAAAUAUCGUUUAUGCUUUUAAUAGUGAUUGGAGUGCUAAGUUUAAGCUUAAAUAUUUACCGAGUUUUUCAACUUUUGUUAUUUGGAUAUAAUAAGGAGGAAUUUCUAGUUAAUCUUGCAGUUGCAUUUGUAUGUACUGUAUAUAUGUUUACGGCUAAUUUCAUGGGACAACAGAUUAUAGAUCAUAAUAACCACAUAUAUGUUACUGCAUAUAACGUGCGGUGGUAUAUAACUCCUUUACGCAUACAAAAGCUGAUACUGUUUCUGUUGCAAAGAGGCAAUAAGAGUUUUGGUUUAUGUGUUGGUGGAUUGUUCGUAGCAUCCAUAGAAUGUUUUGCUACGCUCGCCAAUGCAUCUCUAUCUUAUUUUACUGUUAUGUAUUCAAUGCAGUCAUGAAAAUCUAAUUAUCAAUUACAGUAAUGAAACAGGUUAAUGAAAGAUAGCAUUAAUAUAUCUUAUGUCUAAAAAAUAAAUUUUGCAAAUUAUAAAAAAAGUGUAAAUAAAAGAGUAGAAAGUGUUUUAUAAUAACACAUAAUGUAUGAAAAAGAAUUACUAAUAUUUAUUUGUUUCGCACGAUAGUUCAUAAAUAUGUUAUAAAGCUAAAGAUCUAUAUUCUCAA